UCUUCUUCUUCUUCUAUGCAGCAUCAGCUUCAGCAGCAGCAGCAUGAUCUUACAAGAAUAAUAUCACAAACAUGGGAAGAAGAAGAAGAACAUCAACAUCAUCACCAUCCCCUAAUCUUAUCAUCAUCAUCUUCCCAUAAUCCUCCUGCUGCCUAUAAUAAUAAUAAUAAUCCAAUAAGCAAUGAGAUGUUGGAAUUAUGGCUUGAAAACCCAACAUCAGUCCAUUGGCAACAACAUCCUCCUCCUGUCCCUGCCAAGGAUAUGGUCAAACCGAGGAUAAGGUGGACGCCUGAACUGCACCAGAUUUUCUUAGAUUCUAUUCAUCAACUCGGCGGACAUACAAAGGCAACUCCUAAAGGUAUACUCAAGGUCAUGAAUGUUAAAAAUUUAAGCAUCAACAAUAUCAAGAGUCAUUUGCAGAAAUUCCGCCUUAAUAUGAAUCUAGUAGAGUCCAAUCAAACUCAUUAUACAAACACCAAAUUCGAAAAUCAUCAGCAGCAAGACGAAUGUAUACAACAACAACAAGAACAGUUAAUCGGUACCAACAACACUCCUUUGAGAAGGGAGAAUGCGGUAACACAGGCUUUGUUAAAUCAACUCGAGUUCCAGAAACAGCUCCACGAGCAGCUUAAGGUACAAAGAGAGCUUCAGAUGAGAAUAGAGAAGCAUGGGGAGUAUCUAAAGAAGAUCGUUGAAGAACAACAACAACAAAAUGGACAAUAAAUAGAUUUUAUAUUUUGUAAUAAAUAAUCUCAACUUCAUAUAAUUAAUGAAUUUGCUUCUA